UGCAUAAAGUGAGGAUGGAUAUAGUGUACUUCACUGUUAUAUGCCUUUUACAAUUGAUGCGCUGAAGAUUGAUUGGAACACUGUACUUUUCCAGUUAUAUGAUCCUGGUCAGUUUUAUCAGGAAGAGGAAACUAGAGUGCCAGGUGUAAACCACUAGCAAAGUUUACAGAGAUGUGUGAACUCAUCAUUCAACACUGUAUAUUGCGUAUUGCUGUCUAAUCUGGUUUUAAGGAAAUUGUUCCACCUUGUAGAGCCGUAUUGAAAUGAAGCUUUUCUUCGAAAUUUCUGUUUUUGGAUAAGGUUCCGUGAAAUUGCCCCUGCUGAGUUAGUUUGUGUUUUGAUAUUUUUAGUUUGCCUAUUUGUACGAGUUUGGCAUAUUUAGUAUGCCAAACAUGUGAAAUAUGCCUAGACCGCAUACACACAGGAAGAUAAAAUCCAAAGUCCGAUCUCAUUUUUUAUUUUUAUGGUCCAUUUUUAGUAUCAGAUCCAGUAUUUUAGCGUUCAAAUUACAUCGUGGAUUUAGUAAGUAACCCGCAACUUGCGAAUUAAAAUAGCUUAAAUGUAGCUAGCGAAGGAUUUCCGAAUGGUGACCUAUUUAUUCUGUCUUUUUACGGGGAAGGCCUAAUGACCGGAAUGAAAAUCUGGAAUAGAGGAAAACACGGAUUAGCAGUACCAGGGUAUUUGUAAACCGCUAUUAGGGGAAUACUACAGCUGGUAUCGCACCAGCGGAUGUAGAAAGACCAGUUUCUAAGUUUUCUAAACAUACUGUAUUUAUAUUAUUAACCAUCGAUGUUAGUACUUUAAUCCUGCCCAGAACGGAUACCUGGGCACUGCUAUUCUAGGUUUUCCUGUAUUCAGAGUUUUCAUUUUAAGGUAAGUAUAAUGUGUGUAAUGCCCAUUGUAUGCCCUUACCAGCCAAGGUCCUCAGCCCAACUGAUGACACCUCUAACAACAGACACCCAGUUGGCAAUACUCAAUCUUACCUCAAUCUGUUUUAGUGACAAAAGCAAAAAGGUUAUUUCUUGCAUUUGUGUUUUUAUUUGAAGUGAUUUUUAAGAAGGGUUGAAAAUAUAUCUGCCACAUUGUUCUGCGGUUUUGUACACGUAAAAUUUGAUUUGUACACGUGUUUGUCCACAUUACAUUUACUAGGGGUAGGCACGUCUCUCUCAAGUGGUGUUCAGUGGAAAAAACAUGGUGUAGAAGAUAUUUGUGCAGAGCAAACCUCAUUACAGUCAUGUGAAUUCACCAUCUGUUGUGCAUUUUUUCCAUGUCAGUGAUGAAGCAGAGGAGUAUGGGGAGUUCGGCCUACAGACACCCCCACAGCCAGUGGUCAGCCAUCCAGUAUAACACGCCAGAAGACUUCCAGGACAGUGAAGACGAGGAUGCCGUGCUGCUGAGGAAAGGGGAGAUAAUGUUGCCCACAAUGACCAGACACCAGCGCUACACAGGCUCGCAAGACGGUCCCCAGCCAUACGCAACUCGGACCAGUUACGGCGAGGCUCUAGCAGGUGGUCAGCAUUACACAAGUUUCACGGGCUGGUCGAAUGUUGCUGGGUUGCAUCGUGACAGUAGCUGCCAGAAGCAAAACCUCAGCAGAUCUGAAAAAACUGGCAGAGCCAAUCAGGACAGGGUUUUCAGAGGUCAUCAUUUGGCUACUCAAGGUCGUCAGCCAGAAGGUCAAGGUUUCUUAGCCAAGGGUCAAGGCCAUCUUGGGGGAUAUGACUACCUAGAAAGAGGUGAAGGCUAUGGGUUAAAAACUGAGAAGGUAACUGGCCUAGGAACCAUGUGGAGCAAAGGAAAGGUUGACAAACAGGAAUUUUGUGACCUUACCUUAGAUGAAGAUCAGCCAAGUGGCCAAGAUCAGUCAGGCUAUCGUUUUGAACCUCAUGAAUCUUUGGCUCGACAGACAACAUCUUCAGACAGAGGCUGUCCUAAGAGUUCAAGCUACGCCACAAGACUAGGUCAACAAAAAAUAGAGAACACCCGAAGGCAACCCCAUAAACAGGGACAGGUCUUUGCCUGGCAAGUAACGUCGAAGGGGAAUGAAGCAACUAAAUCAGCUUUUGGUAAAGAUGUAGAUGUUACUUUGUCUGGACAGAGUGGUGAUAGGGAGAGUCAAGAUAGCAAGUCAGACAGUCCUUGUAUCCCAAGGGCAAGGGAUUUUGUGUUUGCCAGACAGAUGUAUGAGGAUAAUACACAAAAGAAGACAGUGAGGAGGUUUGUCAGUAAAGAACCUCAGAAAAUAUUUGGCUUUCCCAGUGGGUUGUGCCCUGGUUUCUCCACUCAUAAAGCUGUUAUAAACAGCCUUUAUAUUUAA